UGAACAUUCUGACGACAUUGAACCAUCUCUUUAACGUGAAAACUGAGUAUACCAACUUCCAGCUAAGUAGCUUUGUACUGUAUCAGUUUAUAAUUUUGUUGCACCAGUUAUUUAUUAUUCUUAUCAUGAGUGGAUAUUCUGGAGACUUGAGCAAGACUCAACAAUUAGCCCUGAAUGAAUUCAAAAGUAUAUUAACGAAAGAUACAUUGGCUGAAGAGGAAAAUCUACUAAGGUUUUUAAGGGCAAGGAGCUUUGACGUUGAUGGCGCUUACAGACAAUAUAUGGCUACUUUAAAAUGGAGGAAAGAUAACGGCAUCGACCAGCUAUUGGACAAACCUAGGCCAUUGGAUAAAGAAAUGAAAAAUAUUAUGUCCAGCGGUUUUCAUAGCUAUGACAAGCAAGGUCGACCGGCCUAUUUCGAAUAUACUGGACGAACUGACGUCCAAGCAUUAAUUCAGCUCCCCUUAGAUCAAAUUAUCAGAAGACAUGUCUGGAAUUGCGAAAAACAAAUAGCAAGAAUGAAAGAAAUAUCGCAAGAAAUAGGUAAAAAUGUAGAAACAAUGGUUCAUAUACAUGACAUGACAGGAGCGUCACAAGUUCUGAGGAAAGCMCUCAAUUUAUUUAAGAAACUAGCCAAGCUAGAUCAGGAAUAUUAUCCCGAAAGAAUGGGAAAAAUAUUUAUUGUCAAUACUACAUGGAUAUUUCCAGUUUUAUGGAAGUGUGCAGGCGUAUUUCUCGAUUCCAAAACAAGAUCAAAAUGUGUUGUACUCAAAACUGGAGAAAUAAAAAAGCUACUAGAAUACUUCGACCCUGAAAGUUUACCWAAGGAGUUUGGAGGUUCUUGUAAUUGUGAGGGCGGUUGCUUACCACCGAUUCCUAAACAUAUGAGAUUUCUAUCGGAAGCUCCAUCGUUAACAGAGCAGUACACAAUAGGUCCAAAGGAAACACUUGAAAAAAGCCUUGAAUGYACAAAUGAUGGCGACUCAGUGGCUUGGUGCUUUACCACUAGCAAGGAUAUUAAAUUUGGAGUAACAUUUAAGCCAAAGCCCCAUUCUGGGUGGUCCGACAAGAUGAAUGACAUUCCAGCAAUAUGGGUGUUAGAUGUAGAGCCAAAGAGUGAAAAUGACUCACCAGUCACAGGGUAUUAUACCCCACCCUGCCCUGGUAUUUGCACUCUUGUAUGGGAUAAUCUGGACAGCAAAUGGUCAUCAAGAACUAUCAAAUUUAACAUAUUGGUGGAAAAAGAGGCAAAUGAUUCAGAAGAGGAAAAUGGUUCCAAUGGAAUAAAGCGUUUAUCUACUGUGACUUAUGUAUAACUCCAGAAAUUAGAUUUAAUUUAAGUUAUAACAAUUAUUAUUAUUAUUAUUAUUGGGUAAAAUAAAAUAAAUCAUUCAGAGAUCAGAAUGGAUCAAUACUUUCAAGAACAAUUUCUUUGAAAUACAUUUAGAAAAAGCAUGUUUUGGAGAAGCACACAUUUACAAUUAGUCAAAAGAAAGGAUAUACAUGAAAUAAUCCAACCAAUAGUAUUAUGGCAGAUAUUAAUUUAUUGCCAUAUAAAUAUUUAUUAAUGGAUAAAGAUUUGUAAAAAUUAUACCAAUUGCAGAUAAUAUUCUAUCUAUUGAAGUUUUGAUAACAAGGARUAUGUUUGUUGUAGUAAAUUUUCUAGUACUAUUUGUGCAAGAUUGCAAAACYUAWUUACUUCAGAAAAAAAA